AUGUCUGAAUCAAAGGGAAACAAAGGACCCGUCAAUCAUGGACCUACACUAAUUAUCCACGGUGGUGCCGGAAACCUUCGUCGAGAACUUUUUGAAUUAGAACAAGAGUAUCGUGAGGCGUUAAAGAAUUCACUUUUUGCUGGACAUCAGAUUUUGAAGAAUGGUGGGAGUUCUUUGGAUGCUGUCGUAGAAGCUGUUUGUGUUAUGGAAGAUUCUCCCUUGUUCAAUGCUGGCAAAGGAUCUGUAUUCACACUUGGCGGAAAGAAUGAACUCGAAGCAUCAAUCAUGAUCGGUACACCAGAUCACCAAGCUGGUGCCGCCACAUUACUUUACACCGUAAAAAACCCGAUAAAAUUAGCCAAAGAAAUUCUUCUUGAUCCGCAAGUUCCACACGUGUUUCUAGGUGCUCAAUGGGCCGAAGAAUACGCGAAAGAAAAAGGUUUAGAAUUAGUUGAUCCAAAAUAUUUUUGGACUGAACGUCGAUGGAAACAACAUAUGGACGGAUUAGAACAACGAGAACUACAACCACAAAAUAUAAUCGCAACUACGAAAACUAGUGCGGCCGAAUCGAAUAUUCUUUCGGAUAAGGAGGUUGGAUCAAUGGGAACGGUGGGUGCUGUUGCCGUUGAUAAAGAUGGAAUUAUUGCGGUUGCUACUUCGACUGGUGGAAUGAAUAAUAAGAAAGAUGGUCGUAUUGGCGAUACACCCAUGCUUGCAGCCGGAACUUGGGCAGAUAACGAGACUUGUGGUGUUAGUGGUACUGGAUAUGGGGAGUGUUUUAUACGAUACGCUAUUGUCCACGACGUCGCUGCACGUGUAAAAUACCUCGGUGAAAAUAUAUCUGAUGCUGCAGAACAAGUAGUUAAAGAGAAUAAGAAAGUUGGUGGUCUAGCAGGUGUUAUUGUAUUAGAUAAGUAUGGAAAUGUUGCUAUGUCGAAAAAUUGCGAUCUCAUGUUUCGAGGAUACAUUCGUGUGUCUGACGAAAGAUGGAUUAGUCCAGUCCGAUCCGGUCCCAGUCCAAAAGACCUG